CGGUGCAUUACUGACUGCAGGAAAACGAAACUAGACGGUGCACCGAUUACUACAACCGUUAUAUGGCGCGUUUGUGUUUAUAUAAACGGAAUACAGGAAAAAGAAGCCAACUACAGGCGUCAACCGCGCGUUGCGUUUCAUCUGAUCAGUUGACUUCGUCAUCUAAGAGUUGUUUUCGCCAAAAAAUGCCUUACAUGUAUCUGCAUCAAGUUUCAUGCAGGUUAUAGUGGUUUAGUCCAGCAUGUUGGUGACGGUGACAGAGGUGGUGCGGUUUACUCACUAUAGCAAUACCAGUGUGUUUCCCACUGCGAAAAACAGCUCUGAAAUUAUUCCAGAUCAUGAAAUCAACAUCACUAAACCACACAAGUGUCUGCAGAUCCUGUACGAGGACAUCGGAGACUCGAGGGUUCGUUUCUGGGAUCUAACGCUGCUCAUCCCAAAUGUGGCGUUCCUCAUAUUCCUGAUGUGGAAGCUUCCAUCCGCUCGUGCAAAGAUCCGUCUCACCUCCAGCCCCAUAUUCGUGGCGUUCUAUAUACUGGUAUUCGUAGUGGCGGCUGUAGGAAUCACUCGCGCUAUAGUGUCCAUGACUGUCAGCACAUCUAGUGCUGCUACACUCAUAGAUAAGGUGCUUUGGGAAAUCACAAGGUUCUUUUUAUUGGCUAUUGAGCUUAGUGUCAUCAUACUGGGAUUGGCUUUCGGUCAUCUGGAGAGUAAGUCCAGUAUCAAGCGAGUGUUGGCCAUCACUGCAGUCCUGUCUCUAGCGUACUCCAUCACACAGGGAACUCUGGAGAUUCGUUACCCAGAUAAACACCUCUCGGCCAAAGACUUCAACAUCUACGGACACGGUGGGCGGCACUUCUGGUUGGCCAGUUCCUGCUUCUUUUUCCUGGUGUAUUCCCUGAUAGUAAUUCUACCCAAAACUCCAAUCAGAGAGAGAAUCUCAUUGCCAUCCAAAAGGAGCUUUUACGUGUAUGCUGCGAUCCUGGCCGUGUUGAAUCUAGUUCAGGGUUUGGGCAGCGCUCUGCUCUGUGCUGACAUCAUUGAAGGCCUGUGCUGUGUGGACGUGACCACAUUCCUCUACUUCUCUGUCUUUGCUCCUCUGAUCUACGUGACAUUCCUCAAAGGAUUCUUCGGUUCCGAGCCAAAGAUCCUCUUCUCCUACAAGUCGCAGAUAGAUGAACCAGAAGACUCUGACGUCCACCUGCCCAACACCUCGUCCUCCGGCCUGGGCAGGAAGGAUCUCGAUCACGGCUCGUACUCCAGCACGCAGAUCGACGGUUCUGGAGCGUACCUGGACGACGUGGUGUCUGGACCGUACAGCGCAGGAAACAGUAUCAACAGCAUCGACAGUGACCGCUGGAGAGCUCUCAAUGCCUGAGACACACAGAGAGAAUGUUUUAAAAAUGACCUCCACACAGGAAGAGUUUGAUGUGCCGUUGAUUUAAAAUUUAGUUUACCGCCUUGAAUUGGUUCUUCAUAGUGCUCUGUUAUUUAAAAGUUAACAUGAUUUCUUUUCAACAUUCCUCUCGUAACACCAGUGCUCUUCAUUUUAACUGGGAGUUGUUCAACAGCUCUGUUAGAAGCAAAUUUAUUGGACUUUGUGAAGGGCAUAACCUAAAUAUAUCUGCUGAAAGCAUAAUUGUUUUAGUUUCUGAGAUGUGCUGCUGAUACCAGCAAAAGUCUGCUUGAUUUUUGAUGUUCCUUUUCUGUUAUUGGGGUUGUUGUGCACUGAGAAAUAUUCAUUUUGACCAUUCUACAGCAAACAUGGCUAUGAAUUUUGGUGCGUAAAACAUACUCUAACUUUUUCAUAUGGUUCAUCUGGACUGGCCAAAGUUUGUAAAAAAUAAAAAAAAAAUAAAAAAAUAAAUGUAUUUCUUGAUGCUGGAUCAUAGUUAGAUUUGAAAGUAUUUCCUUUUGAUUUUUAUUUAUUUAAGUGAUUUGUUGGAUUUUCUUUUAGCCUGUUAUUAGGGUUGGGUCAGAUCUUUCUAUUUGACAAUGAAAAGAAGUCUGACUCCAACCUGGCUUGUCACAACAACAGUUAUCAUUCCAUGUAAAAUAAAUGUAAUGCAAGAAUAAGGACCAUACUAAGAUAAAAUGUUCAAUUUGCUUUAUUUUUAUCUGGUGUAAAUACCUGUAUAUGAAUAACAACAAUGUGACAAAUUGUUUGUGUCAAUUAAAUUUGGCCAGAGUCAAAUUU